UUCUGCGUACGCAGCUCAGCUCUCGUAUUUAAGCGCUUUUCUUUCGCUUUUUGAUGUCAAGGUUUUCCUUUUGAAAUUGCGUCGAGUUCGGCAGCAGGCAGAAGCACUGCAGAUUUUAAUGACAUGAGGAUUGUUCUGCUGGGAAAGAAUGGCUCAGAAAACAGCCGAGUGGGAAACACUAUACUGGGAACAGCAGCGUUUCACAGUGAAGCUUCAUCUUCUUCACAGCAGCACAGUGAGAUAAUCAGUGGAACGGUGGAAAAGAGACACAUCACAGUCAUCAACACUCCUCAUCUUCUCCAGCCACAUCUCUCACAGCCUCAGAUCACACAGGGAGUGAAAGAGUGUGUGUCUCAGUCUGCUCCAGGACCUCAUGUGAUCUUACUCGUCCUGCAGAAUAAAGACUUCACUGAGGAGGACCUGAAAAGAGUGAAAUAUGUGCUGAACCUCUUCAGUGUGAAGGCCAUUAAACACACCAUAGUGCUGACUACUGAUGACACAUUCAUAUCCAAAUUGACAAAUCUGGUAACAAACAACGCUAUUCAAAAUUUAAUAAAGGACUGUGGAGGAGGACAUCUUCAGUUUGAAACAAGAAACGCAGGAUGGCGCUCUGAGAUGUUCAGCAGGAUAGAGAAGAUACUCAUGGAAGUACAUGGAGAAUUUCUCGUCUGUAACAGGUAUGAGGAUGGAGGAACAUCAGUGGAUGAAGAUCCGGAGAAUUCUGAUCACAAAGGGGGUGGACAAAUCUAUCAGAGCAUCAAAACAGGAAGUGAUGGAAGAGUGACUACUUCUGGAAAAGCAAAGCUGAACAUUGUGCUGUGUGGAAAUAAUACAACACUCAAGACCUCAGUGUCUAAAAUACUUAGAGGGAAACCAAGUAAACCUCAGAGAGAGAUGAGCAAAGUGUGUGUGAAGAAAGAGGAGAAGAUUAAUGGACGGCAGAUUACGGUAAUAGAGCUUCCGGCUCUCACUCGUCUCUCAGAGGAGGAAGUGAUGCGGGAGACUCUCAACUGUGUGUCUCUCUGUGAUCCUGGAGUUCAUGUUUUCCUCCUCACUAUUCCUGAUGCUCCACUUAAUAAUGAAGAAACAGCAGAAAUGGAGAAGAUCCAGAAGAUAUUCAGCUCAAGAAUCAACAAACACAUCAUGAUCCUCAUAAACCAGAAUUCAGAGGAAAAGACAGAAGAACUGAAUGAAGAAACACAGUCUGUCAUUGAGAGUUUUGGAGGACGACAUCAUUUCAUCGGCCCCGACACACAAGUGUCCGUGUUAAUGGAGAAACUGGAGCAGAUGGUUGCGGAAAACAAACGAGAGUUGUUCUCUAAAGAGACAUUUCUGGAGGCACAGAUGAAAAAAAUGCUGAAAUUUGAAGAAAUGAAAAGAAGAAUCCAUUCACAAGGUGAUGAAGAUUCAUCCUCAGAUCCAGGAUGUUUGAGAAUCUUGCUGUUUGGAAGGAGAAGGAAUGGAAAGAGUGCCACAGGAAACACAAUCCUCGGAAACAAGGAGUUUCACAUUGAAGACAGUACAGAUCCAGUGACCACUGUUUGUAAGAAAGGAGUUGGCGAAGUUGAUGGUAAAUCAGUAGCUGUUAUAGACACUCCAGGACUCUUUGACACCUCGCUGAAAAAUGAACAAGUGGGUGAAGAAAUAGUGAAGUGUAUUUCACUGUCCGCACCUGGACCUCAUGUGUUCAUCAUUGUGUUGAGUUUGGGAGAAAUCACUCAAGAGGAGAGAGACACUUUAGACAUGAUAAAGAUGAUAUUUGGCUCAAAAGCAGCAGAUUUCUGCAUUGUUCUCUUCACUAAAGGAGAUACUCUGAAAAAACAAACAAUACAACAAUAUGUCGAGACAAGUAGAAAUGCUGAACUCAAGAAACUGAUCAGUGACUGUGGAAACAGAUUCCUGGCCUUUAACAACCGAGAAACACAAGAUCGGACGCAAGUUACUGAGCUGUUAAAGAUGAUAGAAGAGGUGAAGGAAUCUAACGAGGGCCGAUACUUCACUAAUGAGAUGUUUGAGGAGGCAGCGAUCUCUAUUGAAAAGAGAAGGAAAAUGCUGAACGAGAAUAAAAUAGAAAAUCAGGAUCAAGUUGAAGAAUUAGAGGCCAGAAAUAAGAUGGAAGUCAAACGCAUGAGAAAGAGACUGGAGGAGAAGAAACUAAAGACAGACGAGGUGAGAGAGAAACUGGAGAACAAGUUCAGAGAAAAAGAGGAAACACUGAGGAGAGAGUUUGAGGAGAAAGAAGAAUCAGACCAAAAGAAACGAGAGGAAGAGGAACAGAAGCGAUCAGAAGAGGAAAAACAGAGAAGAGCUGAAUAUGAUCAAAGAAUAGAAGAGAUGGAGAGAGAGAUUAAAAAUCUGAGAUUACAGUAUGAUACACAGCUAAGAAAAAGAGAAGAGGAAGAUAAGAAGAGGGAAGAAGAAUAUAAACAAGAUCAAGAAAAGAUGAAAACUGAGCAGGAACGCAUCAUGACAAAGUUAAGAAGAAAACAGGAGGAGGAAAUAAAAAAGAGAGAUUUAGAGGAACAAACGAGGAAGAAACAAGAAGAGAAAGAGAGAGAAGAAUGGAAGAUAAAAAUAAAAGAGGCGGAAGAUGAUGAAGAGAUUCAAGAGCGAAUUAAACGACAGCAGAGGGACUGGGAGGAAGAGAAUGAACGACAGAUGAGAGAACGAGAGGAAGAGGAUCGAAAGAGAAACGAGAGACACGAGAAACAACUGAGAGAAAAACAAGAAGAACUGGAGAAAACGAGAGUGAAAUUUGAAACUGAGAGAGAAGAAGAACAGAUGAUAGAGGGGAGAGAAAAACAGAAAAGAGAGAGAGAAGAAAAAGAGAGAGAAUAUGAAGACAGGAAAAGGGAAAUGAAAAUACAUUAUGAUGAGCUGGAGCGAGAGAGAAAAGAGGAGCGGAAGAGAAGAAAACAAGAGGAUGAAGAGAGACGAGAGGAGAAGAGAAAGAGAUGGGAGAAAAUGAUGAAAGAUCUGAAACGAGAGCUGGAAGAAGAGAUCAAGAGAAGAGAAGCAGAGGAGAGAGACCAAAGAGAAAGAGAAGAAAAAGAGCGUGAUGAAAUGAAACAGAAAUAUAAAGAGGAAAUAGAGAAGAUGAAGAAGAAACAUCAAUAUGAAGCCAGAAAAGAAGAAGAAGAAUUGAAUGAGAUCAAAGAGCGAAAAAAGAAGCAUAUUGAGGAGUUCAAGGGGAGGCUCGAGGAAGAACUGAAUAAAGUGAAAAAGUUAAGAGAGGAGCUGAAAGAAAAAUGGUCAUGUCUUGUCAUGUGAAACAGUUUAACACAUGACCGAUGAGCCAGAUAAAUGGCGCUUGUCUUUUGUAGUAAAUUCUCUUUUUUUGUAUUUACACAAUGAAGGCUCUUCAGAUCCGCUCCUGUAACCCUGCUCCUGUUUUUAAAUAUAAAUAUUGAAGAUAUUCAAGAGGAAAUUAAACGACAGCAGAGGGACUGGGAGGAAGAGAAGAAACAACAGAUGAGAAAACGAGAGGAAGAGAAGAGAAAAGAGAGACAUAAGA